UCUUCUUCUUCCACCCGCUUGGGUUGUGUUUCGGUGGUCCCAUUUUAAUUUGGAAUUAAAAUAAAUUAACUCACACUCAACAGUCGAUGGGCUUUUAAGCUAUACAUACCGAAAUGCAUUCGAAUGCAGUUAUUGAUUCGAUUUGUGUGUAUCCAAAUGCAAAAUUGCAUAACACACGACGCCCACAAGGAGCUACAAGAAGAAGAAUCAUCAGGAGAAGGAUUUCCAGGCAGUGAUUUAUUUGUUUUUAGUUGAUUUAUUCGUGGCAAAUAAGUUUUAAAUGCGCUAAUUUGCGCCAGAAGGUAUGCAACCGCAGUCGGACAAACAAAGCGCCAGCAGACUCGCAACAACAACUAGCCACUCAACAGCAGCAACUUCAGCAGCAGGCAUUCCUCCAAAAGUAAAGGUCAUCAAGAGUAAACGCCCUCUGUGCCACUUUAAGUUCUACCUGGACAUCUGCGAUCACCAGCUAGCAAAACGCGUUGAGUCUGAUAUCAAAGCUUUGGGCGGUCAUCUUGAGUUCUUUCUGAGCGACAGUAUCACACACUUCAUCACCGAUAAGCCAGAAGUUAGCAGUGGAACACCCAGAACACCAGGCACACCCAGCACACCCAGCACACCAACGAAUCACUAUCAACAGGAUGAUGGUUCGGCAAGGAAACCGAAUCAAAGGCAAUCGAGAGCGGAUGCUAUACUGAGUCGCGUGCGGAGAAGCACGGUUGGGGCAAACAGCAGCAAUAGCACGCCUACGACAUCCCUAAAGCGAAGCUAUACCGUUUGGCAGACAGAUUACGCCCAACGCUUCAUCAAGCGCAUUCAGACCGAGCUUAAGCAAUACCUCGAGGGCAAAAAGGAAGGCGGAGGAACAGGAGGCUCAGCUAGCCCUCAUCACAUUCAGCUAAAAAAGCAGUAUGUGAAAAUCGAAUCCGUCAAGCGUAACUAUAGACCUUACUACCAUCUCAUCAAGCAGCCAGACGACUGGCCCAAAAUAGAUUUAAGCAGCGAAGACGGCGCCUUUCGACUACUAACCAAGUCGAAGACGAAGGAAAAGGAGCAGAGCAUGACCCGCAAGUCUUUGGGUUCACGCACAUCCCAAAAAGAGAAACCAGCAGCAGGUGAAGAGAAGCCACCCCAGCAUCCAGCCCUGCAGCAGCUUAAAAAACAAUCAGCAAUCCCGAAUAGUCCGCGAUCCAAUUGCCGCGAGCCCAAGGAUUCGAGUGAGAAACAGGGUGGAGUGUGUGAGAUCUGCAAAUUGGAGUACGAUAUCCUGAAUAUCCAUUUGCAGAGCAAAGAUCACGAGCAGUUCGCCAAGAAUUCUGAGAAUUUUCUGGCUCUAGAUACACUUAUUCGUACUUCGGCGAAUGUAAAUCGGUUCCUGGAGGAGGAGCCCGAAGAAAGUGAACUGGACAUGGAUGUGGAUGAAUCUUUAAGUAAUGAGGAGCUGCAGAGUCCCCGCCAGAGGCCAUCGCCAGCAUUGCGCGAGAAAUCAAAGAGAAUAACCAAGGGAAAACACUCUUCGGAGAAGUUUCAAGCGUCAGCAGUUGCGUCACCCCAAACGCCUUCACCUGGUGGCAAGAAGGUUUUGGGAAAUCUACCCGGUAGUCUUUCGGAGCUGCAGCGCCAGGAGCAUCCAACUACAGCUGCGGCAACGCCCACAACGAAUUCGGGCCGUAGGAAAACUCUGAAUUCGGGUCUAUCACCGCCGAUAAGAGCCAUGUUGCCACCGUCUUCGCUUUAUAAAGUUGUGGAAACAAGGGAGGAGUGUGCCACGCCCCCACGAGGACGAGGAAGACCGCCCAAUCAGGUGGACUCGCCCUCCCUAAUUGUCAAGUUCCAAAAGAUCCGGCAAACGGAGUUGCAACGGCUCAAUGGGGAGGCGGAGAAUUUUAUGUUCCCUAGAACAGCGGUAACAACAACGAGGAGCAGCAGUGAAUUACCUACGGAUGUGGACCGGCAAACCACCUCAGAUGUGAGGGGCAGGUACAGCAUAUCCUCCGCCAGCCUAGACACCAGCACCAGCGAAGCAGAGACGAAGGAAUCUUCAGGAUUACCCACGUCUAGCAUACGUAAGCGGGCCCAGGCGGUGGGAAGGCGGAGAAAAGUAGGAGAAGGAACAGCACCACAGGAGCUACUCCAACGCCAAUUGUCCACCGGGAGUAGCAGCAGCAACAGCAACCAGCAGCGCUUUCCGAGCGCCCCCAUCCAGCCAGAAGAAGAGCCUCAACCGCAGCCACAGCCGCAGCUUAAGAUCAAAAUAAAGCAGGAGCAAGUGGUGGCCACCAGGAAAAGCAGUCGCACAGCCACGGCCAUUGUGACAGCGGCCACUGCGAGCAGUCAUCAGCAGCAGCAGCUAAGGCAGACUACCAGCCGGAAAAUGGCCAAUAAACUGGAGGAUCGGAUGGGGGAAUCAUUAAAGCCCGAGAUAAAAAUAAGUAAGGAAGUUAUUGAAGUACAGGAAGAGUUGGAGGAUCUGGAAAACCUCUUGGAUGAUGAUUUGGACGAGGAGGUGGACAGCAGUUUAUCCUCUGACAGCGACGAGGAUUACAUAGCUGCCAGUCAGCGAAGAGCCACGGCAACAAAUCGCAAAUCAACGGAUACUAGAGAACAAAGAGCAGCUAGGCGGCUUUCCAGAUUAACUAUAAACCGUAGUGCCGGAGAGCUGGAGCUAACCGAAACCAAAUCCUCGCCCUCAAGAAGAAGUCGUGGAAAGAGCCAGAAGCCGUCGAGUCCCACGAAAAACAAGGUUAAACAACCGAAGGCAGUACCACCAGCUAUAGAUUUGUUCUUCGAUUGCAGCAAAAGUGAAAGGCUUCAAGAAAUGCAGUAUACCUUUGAAUCGCUUCCUAGUGGAGAGCUUUGGAAUCGGGUGUUCUUGCGACAGGAUGCUGGAGAAGAGAACUACUACACGUACUACGGAAGCACUAAUUAUAGAAAACUGCCCUAUGAAAUGGGUCCCAUACCCAUGGCCAGAACAUUGCCAGCACAUAGUUGUGUUAUGUGCCGUGAGGUCAACGAGGGAAAGCCGGAAAAGGAGCAGCAGCUGAAGCAGGAGGAUCAGAAGCCUGUUCCCAAGAAGGAGGUUAAGAAGGAGGAGGAAGACAAGUCCUCCUCAUCCACAACUUUCAAGAACAAGAAGCUGCAUCUUCUCCAGCGUUAUCAGCAGGAACAAGAACAACUCCAGCAGCUGGAGGGCAAUUCCCUAGCCACUGCCAUAGCCAAAUGUGAUAGCAAGGCCAGCACGCCAGAACUGUUAGAAAGGGAGUUUGCCUCGGGUUCUUUGGGAGAUCAUCGUGUGCAGUUGAUAGAGAGAGUGAGAAGCACCUCCAGUUCCAGUUGCAGCAACAGCCAGCGGAGCGGGAUUACCUGCAGAAAUAAACAGCUGGCACGGAUUGCCGAGUUGCCGCCAAGGAAAUCCCCUAGAGAACAUGCUUCUACACUGGCUUUAGUCAGUUGCAUUAUAAGGCAGCGUCAGGACUCUCAAAGUAAAACCAACUCCGAAGCAGAAGAGCCACCUCCCCCUGCGGUUGCUCCAAAGCUAAAAACGCCUAUGAAACAGGAACCCGUAGCACCUCCAUCGCCGCGAACUACUCGUUCCCAAGCUGCGACUCCUAUCGAGGAACUUCGCUUUGCCACAGAGAUUAGCGAGACGGUCAAGAGGAUGAGGCGUGGGCAGAACAAAUACGAUCAUUCCCCGCCAGCACCAGCGCCAAAUCCCACACCGGAAACUUCAUCACCAGCUAGAAGUCGCCGCUUGACUCCUGCAGCACAAAAUCUUGGUCAGAGUUACUCACGCCGUUUGCAGUUCUCAACCAGUCAAAGGGAAUCCUCAGCGAGUGCACUAUUGGGCAAGCGUAGCAGAAGAGGAAAUCCUCCGGUGGCUGGAACAGUGCGUCCAAAUCCUCAACAAGCUCCCGGAAUGGGUGUCUUUCGAGGAGUUCGAAAAUUGCCCAGCAAGAAGGGUCUGCUGGAAUACGAAAUGGAGCCGUGUGCCCUUAAAGCUCUGGAUCAAGCCAGCCAGUAUUGUAAUCCAGGAUUCGUUGCCUGGCAGUUGGAUAAAUAUCUAGAGCUAGCUGGCAAGGAGUAUGAUCUGGAAGUAGACCAAGUGCCAGUGGAGAAGGAGACUGAAGUAAGAGAGCAAAGGCUUGUCAAUACGCCACAGACUCCACCACCCACUGAUUGCUUCACCAGCGAGUUUGACCUGUGCGAUUUGAUCUUGGGGAGCGCAGGGAGUGGUGAUGAUGAAGAGGAUUUAGUCAGAGGAAACCUACCGGGCUGCAGUCGACGGGCUAACAACCUUAAUCUAUACGCCACCUAUUAUAGAAAGAAAAAGAGCCUGAAAUCCAAUCGCACGGGCUGGCCAAAAACUCAGAGAAGGCGCAACGCAGGUGGAUUGGGUCGAUCCCUGCCAGAUGAGCGAAUUAAUUUCCAGAAAAUGGGUCUUGCUGAGCUUCAUCCCAUAAAGCAAGAACCUAUGGAAACGGAGGAGGAGCAGACCACCACCACUACAACCACUACGACAUCUGCAACGAGGGAAAAACUGCUAAGCAAAGAAGAUGAAGAUGAUGAAGGUGGCGGCAAUCCAGGUAGAGGACAUGACGAUGGAUCACCAGCCGAUGAUAAACAGAAUUCUCGGGAAGACACCGUGAUGACUCCGCCAGCCACCGACGUCGAUGAACAGGCUGAACCGGAGGCGGAUGAAAUGGAAAGUCUGCCCGAGGAAGAUGAAACCAUGGCGGAUUCUGUUGAUCAACAGCAGGAUGAUGAGGCCGAGAUCGAAGCCACCGAUGCGGAUGUCGAAGAGGAGGAAGAAGAGGAGGAGGAGGAGGAAGAGGAUGUUUUUGAAGAUGCGUACGAAGAGCAGGAGGUGGGCAAGGAGAAAGUGGAGCAGUCGGAAAAACGGUCACGGGUUCCCUCCAUAUCUGUGACCACGCCACCCGAAGAGCACGCUACGCCGGGCAAGAAACUUCUGCUAACAUUGCUUAAUGGGCAGAGACUUCAGGCAACCUCUACUCCGAGUACCAGGCAGGUCCAACAGCAGCAAAGGAGAACGCCCCAGCUAAACGGAAGCCUAGGCAGCUGCAUUUCGCCCAGUGAGAAACUGGGGGAUAAUUCGGACAUCUUCACCGUUUCCUCGGAUGGACUGGAUACCGAUCUGGAUCUGAGCAACACCCAGGCGGGCGAUUCCCAUGAUCAUUGUCCACACCAGACGACGCCGAAGCGCAAGUUUGACAUCUCCAAGUACGCGCCACCGAAUAAUGGAAAGGCGGCGAGCAGUUGCGCCGCGGAAGCGGCCACGGCUGCGGUAAAAUCACUGGCCAUCUCGCAGUUUCUCAAGAAGGAGACUUGCGCAAGCUCAUCAAAUAUGAGGAACGUCUGGCGGAGAACGCAAAGGAGGGCAACUUCAGCGGCCUGCAUAAACGUGGCACCGUCAGCUCGCGUGCCAAAUUAAGUGGAGAGAUGGAUAAGGAGAAUGCGGCACCAUCAUGUCCAUGUUCGUCCGUCAAGGAGAAGGAGUCCAAGACUGACCAGGAUGAUGACGA